UAUUCUUGAUUCUUGCUUUUUCCCCACUUAUUUUCCACACAAAUACUAUAAAUCGUGGAUAAGUGCGUUUCAUAGUAAAAAAAUAUUUGUUGACUGUGUUUGUAGUGUUAACUUUUUGAUUUUUACAGCUUUUUGAAGUCAGUCUACAACUAUGACUGAGCCUAUUGUUAACCCGGAGUUGCCUUUUGUAGGUGAUAUUCCCGAAGGCCUACAACCGGGAAGGUUGAUUCGUAUACAGGGUAUUACCCAUCCAAAUAGUGAUAGAUUUAACAUUAAUCUUGCCACUGGUUCUAAUAUUAAGCCAAGAGAUGAUACAGCAUUGCAUGUGUCUGUCAGAUUAAAUCAAGGUUAUAUUGCUAGAAAUAGUUACCAAGACCAGUCAUGGGACAAAGAAGAGGGCAAAGGCAAGUUACCCAUUGGUCCAGCUCAAAGUUUUGAAAUUCUGCUUUUAGUAGAUCCACAUCGCUAUAAAAUCGCAAUAAAUGGUCAGCAUUUUGCCGAAUUUGACCACAGGAUCCCUUUCGAGAAGGUCACCCACUUGGUGAUCGAUGGUGAUGUUUCUAUAACACUCAUUUCAUAUGAGGGUAUUGUUUUGGGUGCUGAGAAUGCCACAAGCUCUGCGCCUUUGAAUGCGGAACAACCUCCACAGUAUGGGCCUCCUCCUGGUAACUAUGGACCUCCUCCAGCUGGGAAUUAUGGUCCACCUCCUCCUAAUUAUGGAGGUUAUGGAGCACCACCACCUCCUCCAGGGGCUGAGCCUCAGUCACAAUUCGGGGGCUUCCUAGAACAGGCCCAGGACAUCUUAGCCGGGGCUAUCAAAAGUGGGGCUGCCGAAAAACUAUUGGGGAGUAUUUUACAUUCAGGAGGGGGACAGCAAGCUCCACAACAAGCUGGCUACCAACACCAAAAUGCGAGGUACGGUAUCUAUCCAGAUCUCCCCACCCAAGACACUUCCAGACCCCAGUCGGUCAAUAACCCUCAAGAUUCUUCCUUGAGCAGCCUCAUUAACGAAUCUGGAGGCACCAUUACCUCCGGACCUCAACCGGGACCUCCUGGAGGUCCUCAAUAUCAACCUGGAGCAUCUCAAAACCAGCCUGGGCCUGUUGAAGGGCUAUUAAGCAGUUUUCUGGGAGGUCAGAAUCCUCCUAGAGGACCUGAGGGGGCUCAAAGUGGUCAAUCUGGCAGUUCUGAACUUUUAUCGGGCAUAUUGUCCAGUCUUCUGAGCGGAGGGGGUCAGAAUCAACAGCCUACACCUCAGGCAACCCCUCAAAGUCAAAACGCAGGUGGAGAUAUGCUAUCGGGAAUUUUGCAGAGCUUGAUGAGUGGUAAUAAAGACCCUCAAGGACAACAACCUUCUCAGAAUCCACAAACUAACCAACAGGGAGGCUCAGACGUUCUUUCUGGCAUCCUUUCCAGUCUAGUGAGUUCAAAUCCUGAUCAAAAUCGACCAGCGUCUCAGUCUUAUAAUCCUCAAGCUUCCUCGCAGUCUCAGAGCCAACAAAAUGACGUUUUGAGCAGUUUAUUACAGAGUUUGACUCAAGGAGGUAAUAAACAGGAUCCUACAAAUGUGAAUACUCAGAAUCCCUCUCAGAAUAACACAGAAUUGAUAACAAAUAUGUUGCAAGGUUUAUUGAGUAGGGCUGGGGAUCAGCACAAUUCAACAAGGCCUGUGCAAGAAAAUACGGGUUAUUCAGGAUCAGAAGGGCCAAACCAAGCUGGAGCACCUGCGCAGGGUCCUCAACAAUAUGGUCAGUAUCCUCAUCCUCCUCAACAGGAACAAAGAGGCCCAGUCGAGUCUCUUUUGUCCGGCUUGCUAUCUGGUGGAGGAGGUCAACAACAUCAGCAACAACCUCAUGUACCACAAGUUGGAGGUGAAGGUUCAGUGGGAGGUCUAGGCAGUAUGGGAGGUCUACUGGGUUCUUUGGCGGGUUCAUUGUUCCAUAAACAGGACCCUCAUCACUAAAAAUUAUUUUAGAAAACUUUCUUAAAACUCCUACACGUAAUUCAAAAAUAAAAUUUUAAAAAAUGUUGUGGUGCUCUAAAAAUGCUUCUCGAAAAAAAAUAGCCAGUGCUAAGUAUAUUUUUAGUUAAUUUUGUUACUAAUAAUCGAUUUUUUUUUGUUUCUUAAAGAUAUAGUUCAAAGAACAUAUUGUUAUAAUAUUUUUGUACUCUCUAUUUUUUAUAGUAUUUUUUAUUUGUUUCUUUGUACAAAUCUUUGUUGCUUUUAUUUUCUAUCUGAUAUUGUGACUGUAGAAUCUCAAUUUUUCACUCUUUUAUAAAUUUUCUAUUGUUUUAUUUUGUUAAAGUUCAGUACGGUGAAGUUAAUUAUUAUUAAAAAAAUGUAUACCUCAAUUAUUAUCGCACAAAGCUUUAAAAAUAAAUAAACUAUUAUUUUAA